AUGAUCGAGCCACGUUACCAAGAAAUCCUGCGUGAGUCGGUGCCGCAUGCUUUCAACGAAGACAAGAGCGUCGAGGCGCUCGUGUUUGCGGGUCAAGUGUUUGGGAAGAGCGGGCCAGUUGAGACCGAGGCGCCUGUCACCUACGUUCACUUCAUGCUGAGCGCAGGCGCGAAGCUCGAAUACCCCGUCCCGGCAAGCCACACCGUUUUCGUCUACGCCGUGGCUGGAACAGGAAAAUGUACUGGUCACUCGAUUGUCCCGCACGAGGCCAUCGUGAUGGAGAAAGAUGGCGACGGCGUGCUUCUUACGGCAGCGAAGGACGAUAAGCUGGAGGUGAUCGUGAUCACUGGCGAACCCUGGAUGAGCCAGUGGUGCAGUACGGGCCGUUCGUGA